UCGCAUGGUUUAUGCAAUAUCGUCGCUAAAUUGAAUUUUAAUUAAACUAAAAUAACUUUAUAAAAAAAGCACUUCGUUUAAAGAAAACACGUGAAUUUUCUUCAAAUCCUGACAACUCAAAUCACUCGGAAUCGAAAUUAGGUCUUAUAAAUUAUGUAUUGGAUGGAAAGAUUUUUUAUUUUCAGGCUCUUUCUGGAAUAACUGCAUAUUAUUUCUAAAGUGUGAAAAUUUAGUGAGAUUUCUGGAAAAUUGAUAUCCAGUUGUUUGCAUGAUGAAUUAUUUAUAGAGUAAAAUAAAUUCAGUUUCUGAAUGGAUUUUUAUUAAAAGCUUUCACACAAAUUUUAUGAAUUGUCCAUACCAAUAGUAAAAAAACAAUUAAAACAAAAAAAAAAAAAAACAAUUAAAUAUCGAUUUAGUUUUUGCGGCGCGAUCUAUAAUCAAUCAGAAGUGCAACUAAAUUGUCGUCCUUGGAACCUUCACGAAGUUCUUGGACCUCAAUUAAUUUCAGAAAUUAAUGAUUUCUUAAUUACCUGAAAUGGAGAGACAAACGGAAAUGCCUGCAAAUAAUACAGUGGCUUCUACCUUUCACGAGGACGAUUUACAAAGAAUUCUUUUCGAGAGACGACAAGCUUGUGACCAAGAGUUAAUUUACGUCACAUCUUUACCAGAACCUUUUUGUCCUGGAAUUUUUGAUGGGUGGUCCUGCUGGCCCCCGACUCCUGCAGGAAAAACAGUCUAUACAAGCUGUCCAGCCUUUAUCACAGGAUUCGAUCCUUCAUUAACGGCGUUUAAGUAUUGUGAAACCGAUGGAACGUGGUUUCGACAUCCAGAAUCGCAAAAAACUUGGAGUAACUAUACAACUUGUGUCAAUAUCGAAGACCUUAGUUGGCAGCAAGAUCUCAAUAUUAUCUACAAAGUAGGAUACGCAAUAUCACUGCUCGCUCUUUUAGUAUCUCUUGGAAUUUUUACAUAUUUUCGGUCUCUAAGAUGUGCGAGAAUUGUACUGCAUAUGAACCUUUUUGCGUCUUUUGCAGUUAAUAAUUUAUUAUGGUUAAUUUGGUAUGGAUUCGUGGUUUCCAAUGCUGAUAUUCUUUUAGACAAUGGCAUAAUGUGCCGACUUCUGCACGUCAUUCUGCAUUAUUUUUUAAUUACGAAUUACUCGUGGAUGCUGUGCGAAGGAUUUUAUUUACACACGAUGCUCCUAAGUGCAUUUGCGAGUGAACACAAAUUGGUCAAAUGGUUGGUUAGUCUUGGUUGGUGUCUGCCUGCGAUUAUUGUAAUUAUAUAUUCCCUUUUGAGGAUAAUCAGCGACGAUCCAGAGGAUACGGCCCAAUGCUGGAUUAAUUCAGGAAAUUAUAUAAACGUUCUGAUAUAUCCCGUUUGUGUUUCCACGUUGCUCAAUUUGGUUUUUCUCUGUAACAUUGUUCGUGUUCUUGUUACAAAACUGAGAGACGGACCAGCACAUGGAACUGGACCAUCUCGGGCAAUGCUACAAGCAUUUAGAGCAACUCUACUUUUAGUUCCCCUUUUGGGACUUCAUUAUCUUAUCAUAGGAUUUCGACCACCGAAAGGACAUCCAUGGGAGCAAACAUACGAAAUUAUUUCCGCAAUCACAGCUUCUUUUCAGGGACUUUGUGUAGCGAUUCUUUUUUGCUUUUGUAAUGGCGAGGUGAUAACUCAAUUUAAAAGAAGAUGGGAAUCAUCUGAUUUUGUCAGGAAACGAGCAGCAUCUUGCACAACGACAACAAACGUCUCGGUCCGCUGUCAGGAGAGGAAAAACUAUGACUACGAAUCGGCUCCCACGUGUGAUUCAAGAGACGACAAUCCUCCACAGACCUCCACCAGAACUUCAUAACGAAUUAUUAUACACAAUUAAUGUUUCUUUUAUCCAAAUUUCAAAUUAUUAUAUUCGACAUGUUCAAAUUUGGAAUUCGCAGAUUACCAAUCUGAUUCUUAAUUCAGGCCUCCAGUCCAUGCACUAGAACUUCCGGAUCUCGGAAUGGCCGGAAUGAGUCGUUGAACAAUCAGAAACGUUCCGCGGAAUU